AUGCUCGCUGCGCCCGACACCUGGCCGUUCGUCGACCCCGUCAAGGACCGCCGCGUGGCGUUGAUCACCGGCGGCUCGCUGGGCGUGGGCUACUACACCGUCCUCCACUUAUACCGCCACGGGUACGCCGUGUACAUCGCCGGGCGGUCGCGGUCCCGCGUCCACAAGGCGAUCACCGAGGUCAAACACGCCGCCGCGGCGUUGAACCGCGGCGACGAUAAGCCCCCCCGCGUGGGCGAGCUCCAUUUCCUCGAGGUCGACUUGGCGCUGGUGGAGCUGGUUCUCCACGCCGUCGACGUGUUUGGCCGCCGCGAGGCGCGCCUCCAUUUGCUCAUCAACAACGCCGGCGUCAUCGCCCUCCCCUACGCCGUCACCCAGGACGGGUUUGAAAUUCAGCUUCAAACCAACUUUAUCUCGCCGUUUUUGCUCACCACGCAGCUAUUACCGGUGUUGGAAGCGACGGCGGCGGCGCUGGCCCCUGAGGCGGCGCCGCGAGUGAUUUACCUCUCGCUGCUUGGCCAUAAAUUAGCGCUCCGGUACUGGCUGCCGGCGCUCUCGUUCAAUUACUGGCCCAACGUCGUGUUCACCUGGUUCCGCUACGCCCGCGCCAAGGCCGCCGGCAUCCACACCGUGAAAAUGAUCGCCCACCGGCUGCCGCUGGUGCUCCUGAUGGCAGUCCACCCAGGUUUAGUGAUGAACACCAAUUUGUUCACCAACUGGACGCGGUUGCCGAUCAUCGGCAUCGUCUUCUGGUGUCUUUUCCAGAUAUUCGGCUGGUUGUUCGGGGUGACGGCCGAGGAAGGCGCCAGCGCCACCAUCCGGUGCUGUCUCGACCCCCUGCUCACACCGGCCACCGAUAACGGCGCCUACUUCGCCAAAGGCGAGCGCCUGGAGGCGAACCACGUGGCGCUGCUGAUGACGUACGCGGCGGAAACCUGGGCGUGGACCGUCCUGGAACUCGCGCUGCGGGGGAUCUCGGCGCCGCUGGCGCCCCCGCGCCCCAAAGAUCUUUGA